AUGGGCCGGCGCGGGGCGCUGCUCUGCCUCCUCCCGCUGCUGCGCGCCGCCGAGCGCCCCGAGGGCCGGGCCGACGAGCCGGGCCUGGAGGCGGCCGUGGCGGGGCCCAACGCCUCGCACUUCUUCUGGAGCAACUACAGCUUCUCCGACUGGCAGAACUUCGUGGGCCGGAGGCGCUACGGCGCCGAGUCCCAGAACCCCACGGUGAAAGCGCUGCUCGUCGUGGCUUACUCCUUCAUCAUCGUCUUCUCGCUCUUCGGCAACGUCCUGGUCUGUCACGUCAUCUUCAAGAACCAGCGGAUGCGCUCGGCCACCAGCCUCUUCAUCGUCAACCUGGCGGUGGCCGACAUCCUCAUCACCCUGCUCAACACGCCCUUCACCUUGGUCCGCUUUGUGAACAGCACGUGGGUAUUUGGGAAAGGCAUGUGCCACGUCAGCCGCUUUGCCCAGUACUGCUCCCUGCACGUCUCAGCACUGACGUUGACGGCCAUUGCUGUUGACCGCCACCAGGUCAUCAUGCACCCAUUAAAACCCCGGAUCUCGAUCACAAAAGGUGUCAUCUACAUCACGGUCAUCUGGACCAUGGCUACGUUCUUUUCACUUCCCCACGCCAUCUGCCAGAAAUUGUUUACCUUCAAGUACAGUGAGGACAUUGUCCGCUCACUGUGCCUGCCAGACUUCCCUGAGCCAGCUGACCUCUUCUGGAAGUACCUGGACUUGGCCACCUUUAUCCUGCUUUACAUCUUACCCCUCCUCAUCAUCUCUGUGGCCUAUGCCCGAGUGGCCAAGAAGCUGUGGUUGUGCAACACGAUUGGCGACGUGACCACUGAGCAGUACCUGGCUCUACGGCGUAAGAAGAAGAAGACCAUCAAGAUGCUGAUGCUGGUGGUGGUCCUCUUUGCCCUCUGCUGGUUUCCCCUCAACUGCUAUGUCCUCCUCCUAUCCAGCAAGGUCAUCCACACCAACAAUGCCCUCUACUUUGCCUUCCACUGGUUUGCCAUGAGCAGCACUUGCUACAACCCUUUCAUCUACUGCUGGCUCAACGAGAAUUUCAGAAUUGAGCUGAAGGCAUUACUGAGCAUGUGCCAAAGACUGCCAAAGCCCCAGGAAGAAAGGCCCCCCUCUCCAGUGCCUUCCUUCAGGGUGGCUUGGACAGAGAAGAGCAAUGGGCGGAGGGUUCCCCCAGCCAACAACCUCCUGCUUUCCUCCCAUCUCCAGUCUGGGAAGACAGACCUGUCUUCUGUGGAGCCCAUUGUAGCCAUGAGUUAGCUGGGAGUGGGGGUGGGAAGAGGCAGGAGGAGAGCUCUGUCUCUAGGACCUGAGGACAGAGCCUGCAAGAAAGCCUGUUCUCUGAUACAUGACCUUUACAGUGCUGAAAACAAGGUCCUACAGAAGCCACAGGACCCUUGAUUUCCUAGGAAACGCUAUCUAGCUUUCUACCCCAUUUGAUGUGCAAACUACAAGACAGCUACCAAUUAGACACGUGUUUAUGAAUUCCUGUCUAAGAAAUGCUAUGAGGCAUAUCACCCUGGCUCCCUGAGCCAGAGAACCCAGGACAGCUUCAGCCCACAUGAGGGCUGAGUCAGCCAGCUGCCUAACAACCCUUCCUGCCACCAAGCAUUCGUAAAGGACACCUGAGUCAUACUCAGUCAGGUGUGGCUGACCCAGAUACACAGAACUCUACUUGAACAAGGUUCAUUGGCCAGUGAAAGGUAAGUGAGCCAGAGCUAACACAGAGCUUUUUUAGCCUUGCUUUCUGAAGUCCUGGGCCAGAAUGAAUCACGAUAGUGUGGUGGCUGGCUGGAUAGAUGACAAGAAAGGACCAGUUCGGUCCCUUAAAACAAAGAGGGAUCACUGAGUUCUCUUAAAGAAAAAUUGAAACUUUGGAAAAUUUAGAAAAGCACAAAGAGGAAAACAAAAAUCACCCCCUUCUGCCAUCAACUGUGAUGUUUUGUUAGUAUGCUGUGGAUUUAUUUGCAACUUUUCCCUUUGCUUGUAUACAUGCACACAUGCGUGCCUGUGUGCAUACACUCUUCCUUCCAUUCUGAAUUAUACUUUCUCAUGUAGAGAGAAUCAAGAACAAGGCAUAGCAGAGAAUUUCUGAGCCCCUCUCCCAGGACAGGAGUAGUGUCCAUCAGAAGAGUUGGAAGAAGAGGUGGGAGAGGAACUCAAGGAGAAGGCUGUCAUGGAGCCAACAGGCUGCCUUCAUUUAUAGUCAGUGGUAGGAAAGGCCUGGAUGAAGCACCUCUUCUCAGAUAGCAGCCAUCAUGAUGAGCCAGUAAAUAAAACUCAUCUAACAGGCAAAAUUCCUUCUCUCCUGCAUUCACAUGGAACAAGACGUGGUAAAACAUUGCCCUGCUUUUACAGGAGACAAUGGAACAGGCUCUCCAACAUGCCAGAAAUAAUUGCACUCAGACACUUCACAUCCUCCCAAGCUGUCUAGACAGGCCACUCCUCUGUGUUGUCUGAAUAAUAAAGCUUCUUCAUGCCAGUUCCCCGAAGACCACUCACUUGUCAACAUCACCCUGGCGGCUCAUGUGUCACUUACAGAAACCUAUGACAUUGUGAUAGUCCUUAAGGACUCAACAUGUCAGAGAAAUCUCAUCCCAGAGACUGAGUGUUUUCAUCACCUUCCAUCUGGUCUUGAGUGACUCACUGCUUCACCCAGAAGACACAGGCAGAAUAGAACUUAAUUCACCCACCCUAAAUAGUUGCCACUCUCACACUGGGUUUAGGUUACUUUCUAGCACCAGAUAGAUCUUGAAAGCAAACAUGAAUAUGGAGCUGAGAGGGGAACUGACAUUUGGGGAGAAGGGGAUUACCCAGAGUUCACUUAGAUCUCUUGAUGUUUCAUUGAAACUGAACUUGGUCAUAUUAUCUGCUCUCCUAUAAUGAACCAUGAGAGUUCAUUAUACUGUUCUCUCCACUUAUGAGAAUGUUUGGAAUGUUUGACUUUCAUGGGACAGAGAGCCUUCCAAGCCCCGAUGGCCAAAUAACUUCCAUGCCUGGACCUCUUGUCUCUGUGGUGUCAAGAAGUAGCUAAUGGUUUCAUCUUAAUGCUGCCAUGGAAAUUCUUCAAACCAGAAAGAACAGGCAGCAGGACUACAAAUAGUUUGUACUGCUCUGGAAUCAUGGGGAAAGCCUCACUUUCAUCCUUGCUGAAGGCCUCUAGAAAUACUGCCAAGUUGACGAAUGCUCUUCUCCGGGGGAGAAGACCUGCAGAUGGCCCAUUAGGUCUGGGUCUCCUGUCAGUACCUUGUCUUCCCCAUUCACCUUGGUCCCUGUGUGCCUCAUAGGAAAAUGUGAUUUGUAUUUGUAAAUGUGAAAUUUGUAAAACUUGAGUCUUUCCAAUGUGUCAUAAUGAGUAUUUCAUUAUAAAUGCACUAGUCUCAAUAAAAUAUAUUUUGGGUGCAUGGA